GUAGCUGUAGUAGCUGUAGUACCUGUAGUAGCUGUAGUAGCUGUAGUAGCUGUAGUAGGUGUAGUAGCCGUAGUAGCUGUAGUACCUGUAGUAGCUGUAGUAGCCGUAGUAGCUGUAGUAGCUGUAGUACCUGUAGUAGCUGUAGUAGCUGUAGUACCUGUAGUACCCGUAGUACCUGUAGUAGGUGUAGUACCUGUAGUAGCUGUAGUAGCCGUAGUAGCUGUAGUACCUGUAGUACCUGUAGUACCUGUAAUAGGUGUAGUACCUGUAGUACCUGUAGUAGCCGUAGUAGCUGUAGUAGCUGUAGUACCUGUAGUAGCUGUAGUAGCUGUAGUACCUGUAGUAGGUGUGGUAGCUGUAGUAGCUGUAGUAGCUGUAGUAGCUGUAGUAGCCGUAGUAGCUGUAGUAGCUGUAGUACCUGUAGUAGCUGUAGUAGCUGUAGUACCUGUAGUACCCGUAGUACCUGUAGUAGCUGUAGUAGCUGUAGUACCUGUAGUAGCUGUAGUAGCUGUAGUAGCUGUAGUACCUGUAGUACCUGUAGUAGCUGCAGUAGCCGUAGUAGCUGUAGUAGCUGUAGUACCUGUAGUACCUGUAGUAGCUGUAGUAGCUGUAGUAGGUGUAGUACCUGUGGUAGCUGUAGUACCUGUAGUAGCCGUAGUAGUUGUAGUAGCUGUAGUAGCUGUAGUAGCUGUAGUACUUGUGGUAGCUGUAGUAGCUGUAGUAGCCGUAGUAGCGAUAGUAGCUGUCGUACUUGUAGUACCUGUAGUACCUGUAGUAGCUGUAGUAGCCGUAGUACCUGUAGUAGCUGUAGUAGCCGUAGUAGCUGUAGUAGCCGUAAUAGCUGUAGUAGCUGUAGUACCUGUAGUAGCUGUAGUAGCUGUAGUAGCUGUAGUAGGUGUAGUAGCUGUAGUAGCUGUAGUAGCUGUAGUACCUGUAGUACCUGUAGUAGGUGUAGUACCUGUAGUAGCUGUAGUAGCUGUAGUAGCUGUAGUAGCCGUAGUAGCUGUAGUAGCUGUAGUAGCUGUAGUAGCUGUAGUAGCUGUAGUACCUGUAGUAGGUGUAGUAGCCGUAGUAGCUGUAGUAGCUGUAGUAGCUGUAGUAGCUGUAGUAGCCGUAGUAGCUGUAGUAGCUGUAGUAGCUGUAGUAGGUGUAGUACCUGUAGUAGCUGUAGUAGCUGUAGUACCUGUAGUAGCUGUAGUAGCUGUAGUAGCUGUAGUAGGUGUAGUAGCUGUAGUAGCUGUAGUAGCUGUAGUACCUGUAGUAGGUGUAGUACCUGUAGUAGCUGUAGUAGCUGUAGUAGCUGUAGUAGCCGUAGUAGCUGUAGUAGCUGUAGUAGCUGUAGUAGCUGUAGUA